CUCCCUUCCAUCUUGCUCCCCGCGUGUGCUCGCUGCUAGUGUGCAGGUCAGUGAGGAGCUUUAAAAAUACCUUCUUUCCUGCACUGUUUCUGCCCUUCUCCAACGGCACAAGAUGAAAGAAACAAUUAUGAAUCAGGAAAAACUCGCCAAACUUCAGGCACAAGUACGCAUCGGCGGAAAGGGCACCGCACGCCGAAAGAAGAAGGUUGUGCACAGAACAGCAACUGCAGAUGACAAAAAACUUCAGUUCUCCCUAAAGAAACUAGGAGUUAACAACAUCUCUGGUAUUGAAGAGGUGAACAUGUUCACAAACCAGGGGACAGUGAUCCAUUUCAACAACCCCAAAGUGCAGGCCUCCUUGGCAGCCAACACCUUCACUAUCACUGGCCACGCUGAGACCAAGCAACUGACAGAGAUGCUCCCCAGCAUCCUCAACCAGCUGGGUGCAGACAGUCUGACGAGCCUCAGGAGGCUGGCCGAGGCUUUGCCCAAACAGGCUGGAGAUGGAAAGGCCCCAAUAGCCCCGUUGGAGGAAGAGGAUGAUGAUGUUCCAGAUUUGGUGGAGAAUUUCGACGAGGCUUCCAAGGAUGAGGCAAAGUAAAGGAAACAGACCUUCAAGAGAGCCUCAGCAGGACAUUACUCUGUGCAGGGAGGCUCCCCCCGUUAGAAGUUUUUUUUUUUUUAAAUUGUAUUUUUUUGCCACCCCAUUUCUCCUAUUGCUAUUUUGAGCACUCUGGUGUCCCUGUGCAGUUUGAGGGUGUGAGAUUGUACAUGGUGUUUCUGAGGUUGUAUGUGGUGGUGUCUCUGAGGUUCGUGCUCUUUUGUUCUCCUGAUUCCAUGUUACUAAACCUGAUUUCUUUGCCGUCUGGCUGAAACCAUCGUAUCUGGAAUAAACAUUUGCUAUUGUCAAUUAAGUGAA